AUGCAACCAAGGUAUCCUUCUUCCCAACAACCUACACUCAUCGAAACUGCCAUUGUUGAGUGCUUAGAUGCGAAGAAGUUCGUAUUUGGGGAUAUCCGACCUGAGGUUUGCCGCCGCCUGAAUGUCGAUGAUGCACCUGCAGAGGCGGUCGAGUUGGCGAGUGGGAUGAAGCAGGUAAUGGUAAAGACGGUCCAAGUGUACAUCUUUCGGGAGUCACUAAGCGUCAAAUGUCCUGCCAAAGCAUUGGAUCUCCAUCACGCGACAGGAUUUUGCAACAAGGCCAAGAACAAGUUGGUUCGCGAGGAGGGUGAGUAUAGCGUCCUAGUCGGCACAUCCGGCAGGGGCAACUUUGAGCGCACGGCAUUCAAGAUAUAG